UCUGCGCAUGCGCAGUGUAGUCCUUAGCGCAGUGACUCACGGCUAGCUACGCAGCUACGAAAAUAUUACGAGGCCGUAAAGAGCAGGAACAGAUACGGACGAGUGAAAAUACACAAAACUAACUCAGGUGUUGACCCCGGUAUCUUCACAGCAGGAAGAUGAAUGUGUUUGACCGCAACAUCAACUUCGACGCCCUCUUCAAAUUCUCCCAGAUUUCCCGCUCCACUCAGCAGCACCUGAAGAAUGUGUACGCCAGUUUAUCUGUGUGUAUGAUCCUGGCAGCAGCCGGAGCGUACGUCCACGUCGUCACGCGCCUCUUUCAGGGUGGGCUGCUGUCAGUGUUGGGUUCCCUGGCGAUGAUGGUGUGGCUGUCUGUGACUCCUCACAGCCCCGAGACGGAGAAGAAGAGACUUGCUAUUCUCUCCGCAUUCGCCUUCCUCACAGGUGUGGGACUCGGACCUGCCAUGGAUUAUGUCAUUAGCGUCAACCCGAGCAUCAUCGCUACAGCGUUCCUCGGCACCUCCAUCAUUUUCGUCUGUUUCACUCUGAGUGCUCUUUACGCUCAGCGCAGGAGUUACCUGUUCCUGGGAGGGACCCUGAUGUCCGGCCUGUCCAUCCUGCUGCUGAUUUCUGUCCUCAACAUGUUCAUCGGUUCUGUGGCCCUCUUUAAGGCCCAUAUGUACAUCGCUCUGGCCAUCAUGUGUGGCUUUGUGCUGUUCGACACUCAGCUGAUCAUCGAGAAAGCAGAGAUGGGAGAUAAAGACUACAUCUGGCAUUGUGUGGAUCUGUUCCUGGACUUUGUCACCAUCUUCAGAAAGCUCAUGGUUCUGCUGGCUAUGAAUGAGAAGGAUAAAAAGAAGGAGAAGAAAUGAACACAUCAUGUGGCCAAAAAUACAGGAAUCUGUGAUCUGCAAUUUUUGCAUCACAAAUUUGUCUAACAGCUUAAUUACAGAUUGGAUUUUUCUGGUUUUCUACUCCAGUGUCUUAAUUUUAUUUUGAGAUUUUGAAAGUUUAUGUUCAGGCCGUGCAGCGGCUAAUAGAUAAUCCUUCAACAUACUGCUCCCUAUUAUUAUUAUUACGAGUUGUUUGAAGAGAAUUAGUUUUUUAAAAAUAUUCACUGGGCCCCUAAAAUGUGAUACUGGAUGGAAAAAUGAAUAAAUGCUGAUGAGAUGAAUUUGUUUUUAUAAACAUAAUGAGAGAGUUGAGGACAGUUUAGCUCAUAAUUAUAGACAGAUUUGCACACUUCUGUUUCUACAACACUUUUGCCAAUUGAUCAUAUUUCUCACAUUUUUAUGAAGUUAAAACUUGAGAAAUAUAAUUUGUAUGUUUUCCUUGCCAAUAUGAAGGUAAAGUUGUUCUUUCUUGCAUUUAAUCUUUAAUAAUUUUCACUACAUUAAUAUUCCUUCAUCUGCUGUACAGGCCACUCGUAUAAUAAUAUUUCCUUAAGUUUAAUAUUUUGGUUGUGAGGUUAGUGAUGGCAUUUAGUCCAGAUGUAGCUCCUGAUCAGGGUUUAUCAUCAGUAAAUAUUUCCAGGAAUAAUUAAAGAAAUGGUGAGUUUGCUUUCUUUCCCUAAUGAGCACUCGUUAUUGCCAAUUACUUUGCCAUAUUUUAGGAAAAGAAACAAUAAACUGUGAUUAAAUGUAA